GAGCACCGGGGAUGGAGAACCCGCUUCAGGAACGGUACCCUGAUGAGGGGGAAGCUGGUACGGAUCAUGGAAGUCGAGUGGAGGAAAUCUUGUGUGAGAUCGAUGAAGGGGAUGGGUUUCGAUUACAGGAAGUUUUGAACCGAUGGAAAGACGAGGGUUUAGAGGUAACGAGUUGCCGUGACAGGAGAGGGUUGUCGCUUUAUACGACAGCCAUCGAAAAUGGUUUUCUAGAUGUCAUCAAUGCUCUUUUGAAGCACGAUGUUUAUUUGGGAGACGCCCUCAUCCGUUGUGUUGAAGAAAACUUCAACGAUGCGUCUUUGGUGAUAAGCCGCUAUCUCUCAACUCGUCCGGAACUUUGCGAGGUGGUCAUCAAUGCAACUUCAGACAAUGGUGACUUCCAUCCCGCCAUUACACCCAUCAUCCUUGCCGCACAGAAAAAUAACUACGAGGUCGUUAAAGUGUUGGUGGGUUUGGGAGCGACUAUUACCGAACCUAAGAUGUCCACCGGGGCUGAGGUAACCCUGACCCAGGCCCUCUCGACCAUCCAUAUCUAUCGUGCUCUCUCCCAGCCCGCAUACAUGAUGAGCAGCACCGAGCUUGAUAUUUUUGGAUACGCAUUCAGAAUGAGUAAGAAGCUGCGGGACCUGGGGGCCGCAUGGGAGGAUUUUGGGGCCGAAUUCCAUUCCAUGGCAGACAAAGUGGACCAAUUCGUAGCCGACCUUUUUGGACAGUCGGCAUCCACGGAUGAGGUUUUGGCACUGUUUUGCUAUCAUAAAGAUGACACAUACAGGACUGAAGGAAAACAAUACCCUCUUGCUAAGGUGUCUGAGGCAAUUAAGUAUCAUCAGAAGGAUUUUAUAGCGCAUCCGCACACGCAGAAGGUUUUAAUCUGCCACUUCUACCGGAAUCUACUGUCAUGGAAUAACAAGGGCGCCCUCAAUAGUUUCCUCACUGCUUUUCUAGUGAUAGCAUGUUCCCCGUUGAUUUGUUUGGCGUAUAUCCUACUUCCAGUGAAGCAGGUCAUUCAAUUCGUUCGCAUUCCGUACGUAAUGAUGCUCUUAAAUUUCGCCUCAUUGUUGGCUUUCAUCGGGCUGAUUGUUGCACUUGGAGUUACAGCGCGAGCAUCAGAUCCCAAAUUCAGUGAGACACUGCGGCUUACCAUAUUCAUUUGGAACAUCGGUACCUUUUGGCUCCACAUUCAGUUUAUAUGGAAACGAGGAGGGAACCGAUUCAUUGAGGGCUCAACUAAGAUUCAGGAUGCCAUUGUUGUGAGCCUUUACCUCACCAUAUUCUGCCUACAGUGGGAUUGGAACGUACAGAUUAAUCCAAACGUGGUUGUUGACCAGGCGCGCAGUCGCCGUGCAGCAGCAGCAGCGAACUCUACCUACUUCACGCUAAAAGAAACUAUCGAGCUUCAACACCAUGUGUCGUCGUCGCUAGACUCCAUGGGGCAAAGGUUGACGACGUCACUCCGAGGGGAAAUAGACUCCACCAUCAUGCAGACGUUGUUGGGCUUGUCUUGCACGUACGAACUACCAGUGACUACUCCUCGAUCGCUUAUGGACGUUGUACCUAAGCAUUACCAGGAGCAUGUUACCAGGGUUGCUUACGAUCCCGUUCUGGUAUCCGAGGCUCUGUAUGGCGUCGCUAUGGUGGUGUCCGUACUAAGGCUGACCAACCUCUUCAUGGUCAGUGAGACGCUCGGGCCACUGCGGAUAUCCCUGGGGGGCAUGGGAGGCGAUUUCAUGAAAUUCCUGACCGUAUUUUCUAUCGUGUGGGUGGCUUUUUCUCUUGGGAUGACGCAUGUUUACGUAUCAGUGGGACACACGGAGAAAUUAAUCUGCAUCAGUAAUGGUGGAAGUGAGGACAGUUGCAGCAAUAAAGUCGUCUAUGAAACUUUCGUCGGGACACUUCAGGCGCUUUACUGGACGUUGUUUGGCUACACCUCCCCACGAACUCUGGAACUGUCAAACAGAAACUACGUGGCAGAAGGCGUGGGAACUUUUCUCUUCGCCAGUUUUAUUGUAGUUGCGGUUAUUAUUUUGCUAAACGCCCUCAUCGGUAUGUUAUCCAACAGCUACAACAGUGUAGAGGAACACGCAGACACAGAAUGGAAGUUCCACAGGGCGGUUGUUUGGGACGCGUACCUCCAUCCCGUCGUUACUCUACCUCCGCCUUUCAACCUCGUACCCACGGUGAAGUGCCUAUCUCGCCUUCUUCGAUAUAUUGUCGGCAUAUGGGUCAAAUCGGCAAGAAGAGUACCGAGGAGUUUUAAAUGUUCACAAGCUAAAGACGAGCUUGCUGACUACACGAGAGUAAUAAAACUCAUCGGCAGUCGCUACAUCCAACAAAAGCUAUCAUCGGAAACCGAUGCAGUCAGUCCAAAGGAUCUAACUCUAUUGAAGAAUGACAUCUUGUCUGUCAGAUAUUUCAUCAGAAACCGCAUAAAAAAUUACAAUUCGUCGCUACACCGUACCCAAGACUCGUGUACCGGGGUCGGGGAGAAACUGGAGGACCUUGUCCCUGUAGACAACAGAGUAGACGGCCUAAACUCGGACUCGACGGAGCUCAAGGACCGGAGCGAGGAGCUCAGAGAAGUCAUCGAAGCUCUUAAGAUUGGGAUUGAACAUUUGGCAAGACUCCAAGACCAGCCCCAGAGAAGACCACCACCGGCAGCGCGCCCUCCAGCGGCAGCGCGCCCUCAAGCGGCAGCAGCGGAGGCCGAGCCGUUCGAAGAGACGGAUGUAGUUCGUCGUAUAACUUCGAUGAUGGAGAGUGGCAAUGCAUUGGGGCAGAACCCUGGCUUAUGGUCAGAGUUGUCUGCAGCGGUUAGUCGAGCUGAUAGUCGAGUAGGGCUUAGUCAACCUAGUGAAUGAAAAUAACAUACACUGGUGGAACAAUAACUCCUUUAAAUUAUUCCCUAUUAUUAUAAGCAAUAUGAGUGAACAAUUAGUUGACUUUUUAAAAAGGUCAAGAAAAAACAGUAGUAAGUUAUAUGGAUGCGCUCAGAUAGUCAACCUAGUAAAUAGAAAUAGAACACUGGUGGAACAGUAACUUACAUAUUCCUUAUUAUUAUUAGCAAUUGGUGAACUGUUAUAGCUGGUUUGAUAAACAGUCUAGAAACAACCCAGUAACAAAUCAAAUUGUGGAUGCGCUCACUGGGGCCUCAUCAACACAAAUGAAAACAGAACACUCGGGGAACAAUGUAUUGAGUCCUCAUUAUUCACCCUUAGAAUGUUAUGCACAAUGUUGAUGUGUUAUACUUUUAUUUGUGGGUAUAUUUUAUCUUUAACAAUAUUAUUAUUAGGGCCUACUGCUUUAUUUGUUUCUGUAGCCACUACAUAAUGAAACUACAGAAUUGUGUCAAAGGUCAAUGUAGACCAAAUGUACUGGCAUUUUUUUAUUACGAUAUUUGUAUACAAUCAGACGCCAACUCUUUUGAAUGAUGGGUAGUUGUAGUCCAUACAUUUCUAAUGUAAUCCUAUUAUCCUUAUUAUGAGGACCUAUUUAAUGAAUAUUAAUGUAUGUAUACAGCAGGCAUAGGUAUUUUGACAACACAGUAUUAUUUGGAAAUGGAAUUAAAAAGAUAAUGAGAUCAGG